AUGACAUCAAAAACCCCCGAUUUUCUAAAGUUGUUAAAAGAAAUUUUAUUUUCAAAAAAAAGUUGGACUAUCAUAGCAUUUAGUGAAAUGCAGCGUUUUAUAGGGCUGGAGCAUUACUUCUUAGAGAAAGCACCAUUGAAAAGAAGAUCAGAAAGAGCACAGAUUCUUGAUAUAGCUAUUAAUUUAAGACCUAUAGAAAAUUCCUUAUUACCAAUGUCUAAUCCUUGCGAUUUGUGA